AUCACCCCAAGCCCUAAAGGUUGAUUUCAUGCCUUUGAAAAGGCUCAUAUGAUGGAUCCACGUUCUACAGGGAGGGUUGUUUGUCAAUUUAAAACUGCACUUCUUCGUAGACUUGAACAGGAUGAGAAAAGCACAUUUACCAAGAGAAUGGCAAAAAGUGAUUCUCAAGAGAUCAGAUUAUUUUGCAAGAAGAAAAUACAAGCUAAUGAGCUUAAUGAACUCAUGCCCAUCUUGGGAGAAGUUCUAGAAGCUGUUCAGAUCGGAACUGGCAUUGAGAAACGCAUUGCUACAGAAACUUUUGCAGAUAAGUCAGCCUUAUGCCGAUAUAAUAUUCUUCCGUUGUUUACUGGAUCGAAUAAACAAGCAAUUAUGCUUCUCCUUGAGAUCAAAGUUGCAGUUUCUGCGGUGUUUAAUGUUCGCAGUCUUCCUUCUUCUAACACUAAGGAUCAUAAAAAUCAGACAAAUAUUUUUCUAUGGAUCAAAAGUUGGUUUGGAUUCCAGAAAGGAAAUGUUACUAAUCAAAGGGAGCAUCUCAUUCUUUUGCUUGCAAGUAUGCAUGCAUGCCUGAGCCCGAAGUCGUCCUCUGAAGAAAUGAUUAAGCCUCAUGUGGAGCCCACAAGAGAAAUUAUGAAGGUCAAUGUGAAUAAUCAAAAGCAACGCUGGAGCUAUUCUUGCUGUAUGGGCCCCUAUAAUUCUUGUGGGAUUUUUUUAAGAUGAUGCUCAAUUUCAGAAUUUAGGUAAAGCUGAAAGACAUGAUCUGACAAAGUUUGCUCUUGUUUGGAACCGGAUAAUAAAUAGCUUCCGCUCAGAGGAUCUAAUAAGUAAUAGAGAGAUGGACUUGAUGACAACACCCAUGUCACUAGAGGAUAAGUCUGGUUCUAUUCGUUGGCCCAUGUUUUUACUCGCAAAAAGUUUUUGCAGUGCAUGUCCCUGUGAAUGUUAUUACGAUGUUCUACAGAUUUAUUCAAAUACUAAAAUCAAGAAGAGUAUUCAGAAUGCAAGUCUGUUGGAUGAUUUUAGGAUGGAUCGUUUGCCUUCACUGGUUGACAAGUUUGACCGAUUGGCAUAGCUUCUGGCAGAUCAUCGAAUCUCCACAAAUAUCCAGAGAAGAAUAUAUGGUUACUCCAGUUAGGUUGAGAUUCGGCCUUUCAACGAGGACAAAGCAUUCCAGGCUGCUUCUGAUCUUAUUGGGGAGCUCUUUGUUUUCUCCGUAUUUACAAUCUUUCUUUUAAAUUUUUCUUUGUGCAGUUGCUGUAAUUUUGGGUUGUCAGCUUUGCUAAAAUCCUUCCUGAAUUUUCAGGUGAAGAUUCUCCCUGUCUCACAAACCUUGAACUUUUAUGUCAAUAAUAUGUCAUAUCCAU